ACGUUUUGCUUGCGGACCGGACAACAACAAGUCUAAUUCAAAAACACGAAGGCUGCAAAUGUGUAAAACGAUGUAAAUGCAAUGUUGCUGGAGUAUGCAAAGGGAAAGAAACAUGCCGAGAAGACGUGAUGGCAGUUCCUGACUGUGUUCAUAGUGCAAUAGAAGUUUGUUGCUAGCCAUUGGCCGCGGAAGAAAUCCGGCUUUUCUUGAGGAGGAGAGAAGCACAGCAAUCAUGUCGAGCCUGUAUCAGGAUGCUGUGGAAUAUGUAGCUGCGUAUAACAGUACACUGGCGGUGGAGCGACGGCGGCGACCAGAGCAUUGGGAUGUUUACACUCACAUAUGGCAGCGUCCAUGCCAUCUUUGGCGGCGCAGGUCAGAUCGUCAGCACUGCCGCGACGCAGGUAGAGUGUACGCGUAUGCAGCUCGCCGAUGGAAGGUCAACAAGGGCUGGACAGCGCAGGCCGUCAAAGAGCCACCAGCACCUGCCGCUGAACCCACAAAGAAGUGCACCAACCCGUAUCAAACCAGAUCGGCUGAGAGACCACGGACGGUGUAUGUCGAAGAGAAUACAUCCGAUGAAUCGGACGACAUGAUGGAUGACGCAGGUGACUCCGAUGCUGAUGUCAAUGAAGAGAGCAGCGACGGUGAGAUCCACCGCGCCACCAGUCGCCAGUCAAGCCGCCGUGCGCCUUCUGCAGCUAGCACAAGGAGCAGUGCGAAUGCCAGUACAGAUGAGAAGCCAUUGAAUUGCAACAUGUGUGGGAAAAUCUGCAAGACCAUGAAUGGUCUUCUACUGCACCUGAAUGCCAACCCAAGCCACUACAAGGUUCAUCCCGACUUGAAGGCGCCCAGUAAUGAUCGGGCCUCGUCUCCGGGCCCUGCCACGCCCAGCGUCCAGGGUACCAGUGGUGGCGGUGCUGGCGGCGGCGGAAGUGGUGCUAGCGAAGAACCUGCACCCGCGGAGGUGUCACAGACGCCCAAAGUCAAAGCCAACGACUACUGCGACUUCUGCCUGGGCACGGCGACGGAGAAUGCGAAAACGAAGAAGCCCGAGCUGCUGGUGUCCUGUGCCGACUGUGGCAGAUCUGGUCACCCAACUUGCCUACAGUUCACAGCGGAUAUUAUGGCCAAUGUCGUGCAGUACAGCUGGCAGUGUAUCGAGUGCAAAUCCUGUGGUGUAUGUGGCAGCUCGGACAAUGACGAUCAGCUCUUGUUUUGUGAUGACUGCGACCGCGGAUUCCACAUGUUCUGUCUGAAGCCACCUAUCAGCGAGCCACCUGAAGGUAAAUGGAGUUGCACUGUCUGUACUAAACCAUCUGCUUCCACUACACGCGGCGUUGGCCGGCCAAGGAAGCGUGGGCGCAGAAAACGGAGGUAGCUAUCCUUUUUGCUGCCUGCUUCACUGCUGGCUCUCGUUAGUGAGUUGGCCUCUCUCUCUCUCUCUCUCUCUCUCUCUCUCUCUCUCUCUCUCUCUCUCUUUCUCUCUUCCUACUCUUCUUCCCUGUCUGACUAAUUUGGCUGGUGACUUUCGGUGUGGUUGAUGUAUUCGCUGUAUGAUAUCAGUGGUUUUCCCAGGGUAGAUUGGGAGUCCACAGUCACUUUUAGGCGCGCUCACAUGUGUGAAAUCACCAUGUCUUGCUCUUCAUACCUGACUACCUGUAUCGGAAUGCCUAUCAGGCUAUAUUACCCACAGUGCUGCCGUGUUCAUCCCGGGAACAGCAGAGCACCACUUAGCGAGCUAUUUGCUCUUCUAUUGAUUUUAGUUUUAUGAGUGGCGUGUUUUUUGGAAAGCUCUCUGAUAUCGAAAAUAUCCUCGUAUUAAAGUCGUAAGUAGAGCGCAACCAUUUGAUAUCUUUAUUCAAAUAUUUAAUCCUUAGAGUGCCCUUGAUUCGACUGAGCUUAAUUGCUGGCUUUUGAGUGGAGGUUUAUUAUGUGCUGAUUUCUAUGCUUUGUCUGCUUUUAUGAAUUAAUUUUUUAUGGCCUUUUUGUCUUAUCGGGCACUGGUGGCCUCUGUAACUUUUUUUGCAGCUGCAUGCUCUGAGAAAGCUACCUGGGGAAUGCUGCUGUUCCCAGCCGCGUUAACGCUGGCUGAUUUCCUGGCUGAUUUCCUGGGCGCACUUGAUACAAAAUGUUAGCUGUAUGUAUCUUUGAACAAUAUUAUUUAAAUAAUUUACUAUAAACAGGCUGUGGUGUCCAUGCACAGUG